CAUAUCCACAUGGUCAUAAAGUAAACUAAGGGUUUGUAAGAUGUUUUUUGUUUGUAAAAUGUUUUGCAUGGUUCAUUAUCAUAUGUUCCUUCAGAGUUGAAGAUAAUCUAAAAAAAAACAUGAGGAUGUUAUUUAUUGUUGAUGAUAAUGUUGCAGAAGAAGAAUUUUUGAAGAACAUUUCAGAACAUAUGCAAAAUGACCAGAUAAACAUUGAAGCUCUUAGUUCUUCAUUGAAAAGUCAACUUAAGAAAUGUUGUAAACAAAAAUCCGUUAGUGCUAAGAGUAAAUCAGUUGAAAUUAAAACAGCCAUGCUGAAACACAUUAAGAAAGGUUGUGAGGAAGUGAAGAUAGACAAUCACAAACGUUUUAGUAGGAAACGUAAAAGAACCUGUUCAGAAAGUUUGAAAGAUGAACUUAAAAAAGGUAGGACAGAUACAAAAACCAUGCAAUCAGUUGUUAAAGGUGAUGACUUAGAUUCAGUGGAAGUCUCUACAAUUUAUGAAUACCAACAUGAUCACAGAUUGUGUGAAGAUAAAGACAAUACUGCACAGAUUGAGACACAGGUCACUGAAUCAGGGUGUAAACAGUGCAAAAAAAAGUUAAUAAGCAGAAAGAGAAAACACACAGUGUAUGCAAAUGAACAGAAAAAAAACAAUGUCAGGUUCCUUAACACAAAAGUCAAGUGUUCAUCUCUAUGUUCGAAUGAAACAACCCAGUGUGCUGAAAGGUAUGACAGUUUAUCUGUUACCUCCCCACUUGAAAGCUCUACAUCUUGUUUAGAAUUGAUUGAGGACAGCUGUGUCUCUGUGGAUAGUGAGCUAUCAGAGUCUAGGAGACCAAAAGAGCAUUGGCCCUCUGAAGAUCAAGAUUGUUCCUUGGUGUUUGGGAAACUGUUUUCAGACACUAAGAAAACUUAUGACCUAGAUAGUAAUCCAAAAACCGCUUCUACUACUGAUGAUAUACAUGUAGAUUUGCCUGAUAGUAUGUAUGUGGCAUUAGAUUGUGAGAUGGUGGGAGUGGGACCAAAAGGAAGCCACAGUGUAUUGGCUCGCUGCAGCAUCUUAGACUUUUUUGGCAACAUACUAUAUGAUAGUUACAUUAAGCCUACAGAGUUAAUAACAGAUUACAGGACUCGAUGGAGUGGUAUUUAUCCUUUCCACAUGGAUGAAGCUGAACCUGUACAUGAAGCAUUGCCCAAGAUAAGAUCAUUAUUAAUGAACAAAGUCAUUAUUGGUCAUGCUGUGUAUAAUGACUUCAGAGUUCUGGGACUAAAGCCGCAACACUACAUGGUGAGAGACACAGCUCAGUGUCGCAGAUUAGUUCAGAUGGCUAGCCUGGAAGGCAGAGGAAACAGCUUGAAAAAACUAGCUCAAGUUUUGCUGGAUCGUCCCAUUCAGGUGAGCAGCAAAGGACAUUGUUCUGUUGAAGAUGCCAGAGCUACACUGGAUUUGUUUAAACUGGUCAGAAAGGACUGGGAAUAUGAUCUUAUGGGCAAAUGGUUGAAGAAAAAUUCUGACAUUUACAACAAAUUAAUGGAACAAGUUAAUACAAAUACACUGAAUGCCAGUGUCCCUACACCUGAAGAUUUUCUUCAAGAUAAGUUUUGGCCCACAGAAAUUACAGAUUAAAAAAUCAGUUACAUUGAUGUAGAGGAUUUUAUUUUUAUGGAUGGUAUAGCACCUCUCUCUAACAUUCAAAUGUCUUAAGAUAAUGUAGGUAGAUAUGUAUAAAUGAUUUAAGAUAAUGUAGGUGGAUAAAUAUGGGCAUGAUGGCUGAAUGGCAAAUGGUUCUCUGGUUCGAAUCUCUGUGAAAACUGGGAUUUUAACUUUCUGGAAUUAUUUAGGACUCCCCAAGUCCACCCAACUCUGAUGGGUACCUAGCAUUAGUUGGGGGAAAGUAAAUGCUUUUGGUCGAUGGGUAUGCCAUCGUUAACUGUUGGCCAUAGAAACAGAAUUUUUACAUCAUCUGGUGUAUAGUUUGCAAGAUUUAAAAUGGUUACUUUACUAGGUAGAUAAAUAAAAUUCGUUUACAAAAUCUGCCCACUUGAAUCACAUUAACAGCAGGCAAAAGAACCACCUCCAUGGACAUGAGGAAAUCCUCCUUGACUAAGUUAAUCUGCUCAGUUACAAUUUCAAGUUAUGUAGCAGAGUUAUAAAGGAUUUAUAAAACUAUCAUAAGGAAAAUGCAGGCAUUCUUUAAUGGCUGCCUUCAAAGCACUUUGAAAGAAAUCUUUACUCCAGCAGACCCUAGAAUGCAUGCAGAAGAGAAAUUGACUUAACAGCGUCUGUUGAUGUGGAUUUUAAAUAGAUUAGUUUUUGAUGGACCAUACUUUCAGUAAUAAAUCUCAGUAAGACAUUUAAUUCUUAACAACUCAUUAAAUAGAUUUAUCAUUGUAGUUAGAUAUACUGGAUGUAUGAAAUUAUGAGUUUUGUCUAUUCAAAUAUUGAUAUUGUUGAGGAUGUAGCUGUGCGUGAAAAAAGAAUAGUAAUACUACUUGAAUUUAGUCUAAUCAAUCAGGCACUAUAAAUGCAUGUUUGCAAACUGUGAUAUAUAUGUAUAUACCGGUAUAAGUAUUUUUAAGACUUGCUUAUAGAAGUACGAAGCUAUGAUUAGGAGUAUUAAGUUCACAAGUCUGCAAAGGGGAAUUGUAUUUAAAAUAGAAUGACAACAGACAUUUUAUUUCUAUGAAAUAAUUCCAUUUAAUUUAUUAAUGCAAGAGCAUACUCAGAAAUCUGUUUAGAGACAUUUAAUAAAGAGCCUUGCGCUGUAACAA